UUGUUUUUACAGGUUAGAGGGUACAAGAAACAUUUGAAGAGGCUCAAUGCUCCAAGGCAUUGGAUGCUCGACAAGCUUGGUGGUGCAUUUGCACCCAAGCCGUCAUCUGGACCACACAAGUCCAGGGAAUGCUUGCCGCUUAUUCUCAUUCUGCGGAACAGAUUAAAGUAUGCUCUAACAUAUAGAGAAGUGAUUGCCAUUCUUAUGCAAAGGCAUGUUAUGGUAGACGGGAAGGUUAGGACAGAUAAGACAUACCCUGCUGGUUUCACGGAUGUUGUUUCGAUUCCAAAGACAAAUGAGGGCUUCCGUCUUCUUUAUGACACAAAAGGACGUUUUCGCCUUCGUACCAUUACAAUUGAUGAGACCAAGUUUAAACUCUGCAAAGUUCGGUCUGUCCAAUUUGGCCAAAAGGGUAUUCCAUACCUCAAUACCUACGAUGGGCGCACCAUCCGCUACCCGGAUCCUCUGAUCAAGGCUAAUGACACCAUCAAGCUUGACCUAGAGAGCAACAAAAUUGUUGAUUUUAUUAAGUUUGACGUCCGAAAUGUUGUCAUGGUCACUGGGGAAAGAAACAGGGGAUGCGUAGGUGUGAUCAAGAACCGUGAGAAGCAGAAGGGUAGCUUCGAGACAAUUCACGUUCAAGAUGCCGCUGGACACGAGUUUGCAACUCGUUUAGGCAAAAUCUUCACGAUCGGUAAAGGAACAAAGCCAUGGGUUUCACUUCCAAAGGGCAAGGGUAUCAAGUUGUCCAUCAUUGAGGAAGCUAGGAAGAGGCUUGCAGCCCAAGCUACUGUCUAAAUUUUAUGAUUAUAGAUAUAAUAUCUGGAAAUGUUUUUUUUACAAAAGAAUUAAUCUAUUUGAUUGU